AUGUGUUUUCGUUUCAGCGGUCUCAUCGUUCCCGAGAGAGAUGGCAACGAGACUGUCCCUGAGGUCGUUGCCACAUCAGGUUAUGCCCUGCUGCAUUUUUUUAGUGAUGCUGCUUAUAAUUUGACUGGAUUUAAUAUCACUUACAAUUUUGACAUGUGUCCGAACAACUGCUCAGGCCGAGGAGAAUGUAAGAGCAGUAAUAGCAGCAACACUGUCCAGUGUGAGUGUUCGGAAAACUGGAAAGGGGAAGCAUGCGACAUUCCUCACUGUGUCCAUGACUGUGGUUUUCCUGAUCGAGGCGUUUGCAAUUCGAGUGAUGUCAGAGGAUGCUCCUGCUUCCCCGAGUGGCAGGGUCCUGGAUGUUCAAUUCCUGUACCAGCUAACCAGUCGUUUUGGACUCGAGAGGAAUAUUCAAACCUAAAGCUCCCCAGAGCCUCUCACAAAGCUGUGGUCAAUGGGAAUAUAAUGUGGGUUGUUGGAGGAUAUAUGUUCAACCACUCAGAUUACAACAUGGUUCUAGCGUAUGACCUUGCUUCUAGGGAGUGGCUUACCCUGAACCGUUCCGUGAACAGUGUGGUUGUCAGAUAUGGCCAUUCUUUAGCAUUAUACAAGGAUAAAAUUUACAUGUAUGGAGGAAAAAUUGAUUCAACAGGGAAUGUGACCAAUGAGUUAAGAGUGUUCCAUAUUCAUAAUGAGUCAUGGGUAUUGUUGACCCCUAAAGCCAAGGAGCAGUAUGCAGUGGUCGGGCACUCGGCGCACAUUGUCACACUGAAAACUGGCCGAGUGGUCAUGCUGGUCAUCUUUGGUCAUUGCCCUCUCUAUGGAUAUAUAAGCAAUGUACAGGAAUAUGACUUGGCUAAGAACACAUGGAGUAUAUUACAAACCAGCGGUGCCCUUGUCCAAGGGGGCUAUGGUCAUAGCAGUGUCUAUGACCACAGGACCAAGGCCCUGUAUGUUCAUGGGGGCUACAAGGCUUUCAGCGCCAAUAAAUACCGGCUCGCAGAUGAUCUCUACAGAUACGAUGUGGACACCCAGAUGUGGACCAUUCUUAAGGACAGCCGAUUUUUCCGUUACUUACACACAGCUGUGAUAGUGAGUGGAACCAUGCUGGUGUUUGGAGGAAACACACACAAUGACACAUCCAUGAGCCAUGGUGCCAAAUGCUUCUCUUCGGAUUUUAUGGCUUAUGACAUUGCUUGUGACCGCUGGUCAGUGCUUCCCAGACCUGAUCUCCACCAUGAUGUCAACAGAUUUGGCCAUUCAGCAGUCUUACACAACAGCACCAUGUAUGUAUUUGGUGGUUUCAAUAGUCUCCUUCUCAGUGACAUCCUUGUAUUCACCUCAGAAAGGUGUGGAGCACACCGGAGCGAAGCUGCUUGCCUGGCAGCAGGACCUGGCAUCCGGUGUGUGUGGGAUACAGGGUCAUCUCAGUGUAUCUCCUGGGAGUUGGCAUCUGAAGCACAAGAAGAAAAGUUAAAAUCAGAAUGUUUUUCCAAAAGAACUCUUGACCACGACAGAUGUGACCAGCACACGGAUUGUUACAGCUGCACAGCCAACACCAAUGACUGUCACUGGUGUAGUGACCAUUGUGUCCCCGUGAACCACAGCUGCACGGAAGGCCAGAUCUCCAUUUCCAGAUACGAGAAUUGUCCCAAGGAUAACCCCAUGUACUACUGUAACAAGAAGACCAGCUGCAGGAGCUGUGCCCUGGACCAGAACUGCCAGUGGGAGCCCCGCAAUCAGGAAUGCAUCGCCCUGCCCGAAAAUAUCUGUGGCAUUGGCUGGCAUUUGGUCGGAAACUCCUGUUUGAAAAUUACUACUGCCAAGGAGAAUUAUGACAAUGCUAAAUUGUCCUGUAGGAACCACAAUGCCUUUUUGGCUUCUCUGACAACCCAGAAGAAGGUAGAAUUUGUCCUUAAGCAGCUGCGAAUAAUGCAGUCAUCACAGAGCAUGUCCAAGCUCACCUUAACCCCAUGGGUUGGCCUUCGGAAGAUCAAUGUGUCCUACUGGUGCUGGGAAGAUAUGUCCCCGUUCACAAAUACUUUGCUCCAGUGGAUGCCGUCUGAGCCCAGUGAUGCUGGAUUCUGUGGAAUCUUGUCAGAACCCAGUACUCGGGGCUUGAAGGCUGCAACCUGCAUCAACCCACUCAAUGGCAGUGUCUGUGAAAGGCCUGCGAACCACAGCGCGAAGCAGUGCCGGACGCCGUGUGCCCUGCGGACGGCGUGUGGAGAGUGUACCAGCGGCAGCUCUGAGUGCAUGUGGUGCAGCAACAUGAAGCAGUGCGUGGACUCCAAUGCCUACGUGGCCUCCUUCCCUUUUGGCCAGUGUAUGGAGUGGUACACCAUGAGCAGCUGCCCCCCUGAAAAUUGUUCAGGCUAUUGUACCUGCAGCCAUUGCUUGGAGCAGCCAGGCUGUGGCUGGUGCACUGAUCCCAGCAACACGGGCAAAGGCAGAUGCAUAGAGGGCUCCUAUAAAGGACCAGUGAAGAUGCCUUCCCAGGCCCCUGUGGGGAAUUCCUACCCCCAGCCCCUUCUCAAUGCCAGCAUGUGCCUGGAGGACAGCAGAUACAACUGGUCUUUCAUUCAUUGUCCAGUAUUUUUAAUGUCAAUUCAUGAAAACACAGAAGAUCCAGUGAGGUGUUUUGCUUUCACUGUGGAAGUAUUGAAGUAUGUUCAUUAUGAACAAAUCCUGCAGCUGUAG